AUGUUGGCUAUAUGCAUUCUCAUGCUGAGACCGCAACUCGCACCUCGAAAGUCGGGCCCUGUGAUAGAAUGGCCUGCCUUUAAGGAGCCUGUCUAUGUGCUCUAUGCGAGUGGCAGUUUCUUCGUUUUCUGGGCGUUGUAUUUCGGUUAUUUCUACAUGAACGUCUUUGCCACCGACCGCGUCGGCUUCGACUCCAUCAGCUCCGCGCAGCUUCUCAUCAUCUCCGCCAUCGCCGGUAUCCCUACUCGCCCGCUCUCCGGCAUCAUCGCGGAUCGCUGGCUCGGGCCUCUGAACACGUACAUCCUCUCCGGCAUCGUGCUGGGCGCGGUGGGCAUCUCGUGGGUGGGUGUUACCACCAAGGCUGGCAUGUAUGUCUUUGUGGUCAUGUAUGGCCUCGCCAAUGGCGCCACCCAAGGCAUCUUUGGCGGCGCGCUGGCGAGCCUGACGAGAGAUCCGCAGAAGAUGGGAACACGCUAUGGCAUGGUGUGUACGAUGCUGGGCUUUGCAACGCUGGCUGGACCGCCGACUGCGGGUGCUAUCAUCGAUAAGUGCGAUGGGCAGUAUACAUGGGCGCAGAUCUGGGCCGGUGCGGUGACUGUGCUGGGGUCAUUGACGGUCGCUGCUGCGAGGUGGUGGUUGACGGGCAAGAAGGUCUGGACUAAGAUCUAG